UUUUGCUUUAAUCACAAAAACAAUAGUUGUGGAUCUCGCUAUAAUUACUGCAACACAACAUGUAACUAUAUAAGUGAACCAUUACCGAUCAUUUUCUUUAGCUGAGUCCGAGAAACAAAAACAAGGUCUGAAAGAGGUUAUAGAAUUAGCAUACGGCACCAUGGUGAUGUCUGUUUUGUUGAGCUUCAUGUUCCCACCGCCACCUUCUCUGGUGGUUUCAGGGUUGACAGUGAUAAGCUUCCUGAUACUUGUGACUUCUUUCCUGUCAGAAAUUAGAGGGAAGCAUUUGAACUAUUCCAAGUUUUGGAAUUCUAAUCCCUCUGCACAAAAGCAGAUCAAGUUGUCAAGUAAAGCUGGCAUGCUUCUCUUGUACACUCCUGCUUUCCUUGCUGGCCUUGCAUCCUUCUGGAUCUUUCCUCCUCAAAGUUUGAGGUCCAUCAUCCUUCAAUCUGCUGUUACUUUCCAUUUCUUCAAGAGGGUCUUUGAGGUUCUGUUUAUUCACAAAUAUAGUGGAGGCAUGACUCUUGAAUCUGCAAUCCCCAUCACUCUGAGUUAUUUCCUAUCAGCAGCAACCAUGACCUAUGCUCAAAACCUUACAAAUGGCCUUCCAGAGCCAGCAAUGAAUCUGUUGUAUCCUGGCGUUGUGGUUUUUGUGGUAGCCAUCAUUGGCAACUUCUACCACCACUACCUGCUAUCCAACUUGAGGGGAGAGGGUGAAAAGGAGUACAAGAUUCCAAAGGGUGGCCUUUUUGGGGUUGUGAUCUGCCCCCAUUACCUCUUUGAGAUCACUGUGUUUUAUGGAAUCUUCUUCAUUUCUCAGACACUAUAUGCAUUCUCUUUCGCUAUAGGCACUAAUUUGUACUUGCUGGGUAGGAGUUACUCCACUAGGAAAUGGUAUGUUUCCAAGUUUGAAGAUUUUCCUAAGAGUGUUAAGGCUGUCAUACCAUUCGUCUUCUAAAUGUUGCAAUCAACAUAUAAUUUUACUUAUGUACUGUGUUUGGAUGAAGAUUGGAUAAAGCAGAUUAUUAAUAAAACUGAUUUUGGUGUUGUAGUUUA